AUGCGGCUACUACAACGAGAUGACGCCAACAACUACACCCUCACGGACGAUCUGCGCGCCGACGACAUCCCCUCCUACGCAAUCCUUUCCCACACCUGGGGUGUCGACGAGGUCAUCUACACUGAUGUACAGACGAGCUCAACCGACUGGCAACAGAAAGUCGGCUACAGAAAGAUCCAGUUCUGCGCCGACCAGGCCAAGCGACAUGGCCUGCAGCAUUUCUGGGUAGACACCUGUUGUAUCGACAAAUCUGACGCUAUCGAACUCCAGACUGCAAUCAACAGCAUGUUCAGAUGGUACCGUAGCGCGAAACGAUGCUAUGUUUUCCUGUCCGACGUCUGCUGUCCUUCGACCUCCAGUCAGCAGCCAGGCGUGACGUCGUGGGAGGCUGCGUUACGAGCCAGUCGGUGGUUCACACGGGGCUGGACACUGCAAGAGCUUAUCGCCCCGCAGAUUGUCGAGUUUUACUCCAAGGAAGGUGUUUUUCUGGGAGAUAAGAGGUCUCUGGAAGCUGUCAUACGCGACGUGACAGGUAUUCCUGCCCAGGCUUUACGAAAUACAUCCUUAUCCCAUUUUACGACUUCAGAACGUGAGGCGUGGGUGCGCAACCGGGAAACAAAGUACGAGGAAGACAUGGCAUACUCGCUGCUUGGAAUAUUUGGCGUUUAUAUGCCACUCAUCUACGGCGAGGGUCGCGAACAAGCACAGCGGAGGUUGCGAGAAGAAGUCCAGAAAUCUGUGAAAGGCACCUACCACAACAACUUUCAGAUCAGCUUUAGCAUGUCUGGCGUCCCCGAGACUCUACAUUUCGUAGCAAGGGAUCGAGAAGUUGCUGAGAUGCGAAGAAUGCUGUGCUCAGAUGGAAGCCGUUGCACUGUCGUCCUCCAUGGCCUCGGCGGCAUUGGCAAGACACAGCUCGCUGCAACGUAUAUCAAACGAUACCGGGAAGAGUACUCGGCGAUCUUCUGGCUCAAUAUCAAAGACGAAGCGUCCAUCCAACAGAGCUUUGCUAGGGUGGCAGCGCAGAUCUUGGAACAGCAUCCGGAUAUCGGCAGCCUCAAGGGACUUAAUCUGCAGCAAGACCACGACGAGAUCAUUCAGGCCGUGAAGGCUUGGCUCAGCUUACCAGGCAAUACCAGAUGGCUUCUUGUGUACGACAACUACGACGACCCAAAGCUUCCCGGGCGUGUGAGCGCUACAGCGAUUGAUAUACACCAGUUUCUGCCUACGGCAUAUCAGGGCUCAAUUAUUGUCACGACACGGUUAUCGCAAAUCGACAUAGGGCAUCACAUUCGGAUUGAGAAACUCGAAUCCGAAUCGGAGGGUUUGCAAAUACUGUCAGAGGCAUCAGGCCGCAAUGGCUUACAAGAUGAUGAUGAUGCGAAAGAACUCGUACGAGAACUUGACGGGCUUCCUCUUGCUCUUGCUACAGCUGCAGCAUAUCUGAAGCGUGUCCCAAUCAGCUUCCGCCACUACCUCCGCCACUACCGGGAAUCUUGGACAAGACUCACGGGUAAUCUGAAUCUCGGUUCUUACGCAGACCGUACCUUAUGUUCAACGUGGCAGCUGUCAUAUGCACUUGUUCAGGCACAGAACCCGCUUGCAGCUCAUCUGCUCCAGUGGUGGGCUUACUUCAACAAUGACGACAUCUGGUAUGAUCUUGUCAAAUUUGGCAGCGAAGACGGCCCCGCGUGGAUGAAGCAGCUAUCAGAAGAGCUCAACUUUUACGAUGCGAUGGGCGUACUCCAUGACUACGGGCUUGUCGAACCUACAAACAUGUUCCAGGAGCCACAAGGGUACAGUAUCCACAGUUGUCUCCAUUCUUGGACGAUUCACAUAUUGAACGAGAAGCGGGACGGUUGCUUGAAUGAGCUUGCAUUUGGAAGUGUGGCAUCACAGGUUCCUUCGCACGAAGAAGCCGAAUAUUGGCUUCUUCAGAAGAGGCUCAUACCACAUGCUAUCCAGUCUUCUUCAACAGUACAAGAGAGCGACAGUUCUUCAAGUUGGGCCUUUCAUUGUCUAGGUUAUCUUUAUGCUGACCAGGGGAAUCUGGGCGAGGCCGAGAAGAUGUACUUACGGGCGCUCCAUGGAACAGUUCACAACCUUGGGAUCCUUUACAACGAACAGGGGAAGCUGGGCGAGGCCGAGAAGAUGUACUUACGAGCGCUCCAUGGUCAUGAGAUAGCACUAGGACCGGAUCACACAUCAACACUUGGAACAGUCAACAACCUUGGGAACCUUUACGCUGAUCAGGGGAAGCUGGGCGAGGCCGAGAAGAUGUACUUGCGGGCGCUCCAUGGAUACGAGAGGGCACUAGGACCGGAUCACACAUCAACACUUGGAACAGUCAACAACCUUGGGAUCCUUUACAGAGAACAGGGGAAGCUGGGCGAGGCCGAGACGAUGAACUUGUGA